GCGAGAUAACGGGCCAUGGACAGCGGGCUAAAACUUUUUAUUCUGACAUGUUAGAGCAAUGACUUUCGUGUAACUAUAAUCCUGGGACCGGGAUCCCAGCAAAGGGUCUGUGCUGGAAGAAGUGAGAAGUGCUCAUUUUCGGGGUGUGGAAAACGGACGGCGCAUUCACAGUAGACUCGGAACAAGUCAACAAAGUUAGCCCUUUCCAAAAGUAACAGUGGAAGACUCAAAAUUACAACAUGAGCUUGUUGUCUGCCAUAGACAGCAGUACAUCAGUGUACCAGCCUGCACAGCUUCUAAAUUGGGUUUACCUUUCUUUACAAGACACACAUCAGACGAGUGCCUUCGAUGCAUUCCGACCCGAGCCCAACUCUUCCCACCCGGACCUGAACUUCAGCAAAACUCCUGCCAAUGACCUGAGCUCUCACAACUCCAACUAUCUCAAUAAUUUCUUUCAGCUGCAGAGGAAUGAGGCACUGAAUAAUGGUUUAUACAAAAGUGUUUCCCCAUAUGGCUCACUUAACAACAUAGUGGAUGGCCUGAAUUCUCUAACGGACCACUUCUCCGACCUCUCCCUAUCCUCUGAGCCACGCAAGCCCAGCAAGAGGCCUCCACCAAACUACCUGUGCCAUCUCUGCUUUAACAAGGGACACUAUAUCAAAGAUUGCCCUCAGGCCAGACCCAAAGGUGAAGGACUGACUCCAUACCAGGGAAAGAAGAGGUGUUUUGGUGAAUACAAGUGUCCUAAAUGCAAGAGGAAGUGGAUGAGUGGGAACUCCUGGGCUAACAUGGGACAAGAAUGCAUCAAAUGCCACAUCAAUGUGUAUCCUCAUAAACAGCGUCCUUUAGAAAAACCCGAUGGCCUGGACGUUUCUGACCAGAGCAAGGAACACCCGCAACAUUUGUGCGAGAAGUGUAAAGUCCUGGGCUACUACUGCCGCCGUGUGCAAUAAGGAGGUUCCCUGAAUUACCCAUCAUCUCCUUCCUUCCUCUAACCCCCUUUCCCUUCACUUUCCCUACCAAGCGCUCCAAGAAAAAAGUGAAAAGUGCCAAAAUAUUCAUGUAAAUAUCUCUAAUGAUAGUAACGGCUUUGUUUAUCAGCAGCUUGCAACACAUUACAUUUUCAUAUGUGUAUAAUGGACGAUUGAAAAAUGUUUGGAACAUUUGUCACUGACAGUAUUUCUAUCCAUACAGGACGCAAUGGAUUACCUCAUCAUUGCGUCCCCUGAUUGUGUGUUUACAGACUUUCCUUUCAUUCUCCCUGCCGAGUGAACUAUGUGGAUGUGCCGAGCGACAAAAGUGUGAAAUUAGUUCACUUAAACAAGGGCCCAGUGUGCCUUUUCAGAUUUUUUCUGGGGUCAAUAGCACAUCAUAUUAACUGUGAAUUAACAGAGGGAUAAUGGAUUUUCCAUCCCUAGCUUUUAUGUCACAUAUUUAUUUGUUGUGUUUGUAUAUCGUAUCGUAGUGCAAUGGAUUUUACGAAACUGGGAUAAUCACAUCUGUGUUUAUAUGUAGGCAGAUAUUGUCUAACUCCAUCUCUUGCUAUUAGAAACUACUGUAGAAUAGACUUUUUGAAUGCUUCGAUUUAGCUGCAUACAGGUGGUUUAUAUCCUUCACACAUAUGAAUGAAAUGCCAAAUGCUAGAUAAUUUUGUGAAGCCUGCUAUAUGUAGCCCUGGAGGCACACAAAACAUUUUCAUGGAGUUGUUGGCAACUAUGCAAAACCAUAACAACUUAUGCAGUCAUUUAUUCCUUUAUGUUGUCAUACUGUUGCUAAGUUGUGUGUGGAUGUUAAAAACAAAGCCACGGCUAGCUGAUGUGCAGAACUGCCAUUACCGUCCUUUAAAAAAUUUGAUUAUGUAGGUUGUACACUUUUGCCAGAGAACUGGUUCAGUCAUCUUUGAAACCCAUGUAAAGGUUUUUAAUUUUCUGGUGCAGGGGUCAAGCAUUGUGCUUUUCGUUUAUGUUCUACCAUUUAAAAAUGGUUUCUUUACGAAAAAGUAUUUGCCUCAGGAUAGGGAGUGUAUUUGCAUUACACAUCUCAUAUGGACCAGUGCUCAUGUAUCUUAUAUGAACACUGCUCCGGAAAAAGGUUGUAUGUAAAUUCAGGCCUUACUUUAUAGGCAGGUACAACCUUUAUAUCUUUACAAUAUGUGGUAUGUAAGCCUUAAUUAUUCAUUCACAACCAUUAAUUUGACCACAGACCCUUGCACUAAAAUGUUUUAAUUAACUAAUUAACAAGCAUUCAUGAAUCCAUGGACACAGAAGGAAAUGUUAAAAUGCCAGUCUCAGUCACCAUUCACUUUCACUGAAUGAACAAUACAGAUGCAAUGAAUGGUGACUGAGGCUAACAUACUACCUAAUAUCUCCUUAUUUGUUCCACAGAAGAAAGAUAGUCACAUGGUUUUUGAUUAAAUUUAAGUAAAUUAUAAUAGAUUUUAAAGUUUUGGGUAAACUAUCCCUUUAAGCAUUACCCAACACAACAUAAUCGUAUGUCUAUGCAUUAGUUGCAAACAUAACUUUAGACUGAAAAUAGAUUAAUUAUACCCUGUCGUAACUGUGAUUUUUGGAAAAGAUUUUCUAUCUUGGUGGACAAUACAAGCUUGUAAAUGGAAAAGAAAGAUAAAGUAAGUAAAUCUGAAGAGUCUUUGGAGAUGUAAUCUGUAAUAUUUGGGUAAAUGUAAUUGGUCAGAAGAUGUAUUAGGGAGACAGAAGUAUUUGAGAGCAUUAUGAUGGGAGUACAUUAACAUUUGGAUGGAAGGAAGUGUGUACAGGAUAAAACAGCUUGCCUAUGCACCGUUUACCUCUUCUUAUGACUUAUAUGAAGUAUUAAUUGGUCAUAUUUGACUGUGACCCAAGAUCAUCUAAUAAUAAAUGUAGCUUUACAUAUUUGGAAAGUAAAAUGUAGACGACAUUGUGAGAAAUUUUCUAAUUGAGGUUAUUGCUUUGUAAAUCUAAGAUGUACAUAUUAAGUUGAAUGCAUUUACAUGGUAAAUACAAUGUGUAAAAUUGUUUACUUAACUUUGGAGUCCACAUAUUUUGUGUUGUCUGAAUAUUUGUUAAUGUUUCAUUCAUAGGAAAAACCUCAGUUUGAUAUUAAUCUUGUCGGAAGGGAACGUCUAGUGCCUUAGUUGAGUAAUACAGCUUGGUCAUGAAAAGUCUGGAUUUUCGGUAGGUGAUGUCAUGUCUGAUGCUGUGGAAGAAGAGUAUGGAUUGGAUGGCUGAAAAUGUAAACCAGCUAAUUAUUCUUCUUGCUUUAGUAAUGAUUUGGAGACAUUAUAUUUUUAUUUUGCCAUUAUCAUGGUACAUUCAAUCAAACAAUCAUCCACUUUUAAAUUGUUAGAUCACUGUUGAAUAAAAAUCAAGUCUGUCUGUAAGUUGACGCUACUUUGUUCUCAGAAUGCCAUCAUUGAUUCUAAGUAACUGUACUUUUCACAAUGUUCUGGUGUUGCUAAUGGCUCCACUGUGCAUACAUUUUACAUGCCAAGGUUUACUUCAAGCCUCAUUUAGGCUGGAAUGAGUUACUCUAGUUUUUGAUAAACACCAUAAUGAAUGAUGUAAUGAAAAUAACCAGUGAAAUGAAUGAGUGCCCAUAGCUGACAUUUUACUUGUAAUGUUUCCUUGCAUCUUUGGAUCAAUUUAAUUCAUUUUAAUUUCUGUAAACAUGAAUAGAUGAUCUAAUGCGCAACUAAGGCCACAUAAUAAAACAUGCAUUAUUAGUUGCAUUGCACUACACAAAGGCAGUACCAAGAUUUCCUCAUUGACUUAAUGAUAACAGGCCUGAGUUUUGCAAAUGUUGAAGACAUAUUUAGGAAAAUUGUAUUAUUAUUUGUUGGGAACUUCCCCUGAAAUCAUGUCCCAGUAGGUUUUUUGUCUCUGCUUUAUUGAACGAAUGGCAGAGCUUGUGGUGUUGACAAAGCGUACAUGCAUUUAAAACUAUACAAAGUGAUUUAUUUGCGCUUGUGUUUGUCUUGAAAUACAUAUACUUGACUUUUAUAGUUCACUUUCAGUAUAAUCAUGUUAUUUUCUAUUAAAGGUAUGUGUAUUUUGGAAACUAUAGACAAUGAAGAUUUUGAAGCAAUUUGUUAUCCUGACAAGAUUUAUUUUUCCCUUACAAAGAUACAAGUAUGUGUUUUGUGUAUAUAUUAGAUUGCCAUCAUUGCCAAGUAAGCUCUUUCAAAAUGUUAUGAUGCAAUAUUAAAACUUUGUAUGUGAAAAAGGGCAAAUUGCUGAGAUACAAAAGAGCUGGGAGUUUUUUGUUAUCUUCUUUUGUUGUUUUGCUGUUAUGUUUUACAGUAAUCUUUGGUUAUAUCCUACAGAUAUAAAUAUUUAUGAAAGGAUUUGUUCUUUUUUUAACAAUUCAAAUCUUUUUUUUUGUUUUUGUAUAAAAUAUGCAACUAAAUCUACACUAUGAAGAAAAUAUUGAUGACUACAUAGAAUAUUAUUCAAAAGUUGGUACAAAAUGAUUAUGCCCUUACAAGCCAUUUUAUUUGUGUUUUGUUGUUAUAGAUGUUAUUGGUAUAUAGUAGCCUUGCCUGUUAUAAGUAUAAAUGUGUGUUUAGAAUUGUUGUGUGCUAUACAGCAUGAAUGUUUUGCAUUGCAGUUAUAGGAAAGUUGUAACACUUUUGUUCUAACAUUGUAGAAACAGAAUAGAGACUGACUCACACACUGUAAGUCAUAGGGCCUUUUUUACUGAUAUGUUUAUUAUAAGCAAAAGAGUGGCAUAAAGAGCAAAAGAUGUGACUAACUCCAGUCAUUGACCAUGUAACUGAAUUGCUUUUACAUCAAUUAAAUGUUCUAGUAAAUUAGGCCCAUACUGUAUGAAACUGUGAGCUCUAAUUAGCCAUAAUCCCCAGUUACUGCCAAGUCAGGAAUGAUGUUGAAAUGUUUUUAUAAUAUGUAACAUUUUCAAACAAGCGUGUGGGACUGAAUUUGCAUGUGCAUGUUUUUCCAAACGAUUCAAGAAAUAUAAUUUGUACAAUGUAUUUUAUUUAAUAUUAAUACAUUUUUAAUUAUUGGCAAGAUAUAUUUUGUAGAAUACAUCUCUCCAAUUAUUAGUUAUGAAUAAAUGCCUUUAUUUACUUCUAGGAUUUCCAGUAACAUUAAUAAAGUUACUGAAUGUACUGAUUUAACUUUCAUGUGACAAAUUAGAAAUUCAUGUUUAUAAUGUCUGUAUAUUUGUCAUCAUAUUGAUCAUAUUGGAUUGGACAGAGUAACAAAGGUUUGAAGGAGGAAUGUAUUAGAAUGUGAAGAGAGAUCAAAAUCUGUUGCUCAUGGUCCAUGAAACGGCAUUCCGAUAUGUGCCUUAUUUGUUUGCUAGGAAAACUGAAGACUGUGCUUUUAGAAGUUUGUUCAAUUAAAACAUUGACU